CGACAUUCCAGCAUUGUUGGAGGCGUCUGACUUUUUCGUCGAUGCCUUCUGGGUGGGCAAAGUAGGAGGAGGGGCCAAUGAGUAAGUGAUCCAUGUGGACUGGUUUAUUGUUAGUUCUUGGACGAUAAUUGAAAAAAAAUACGAAAACAUUCAAUUUUUUUUACGACCUCAGCUUCUAACCAAAUCGAAUUUUGGAUCGUUGUUAGACUUAGCGAAAAACAACGAAGGACACUUUCUGCUUCACAAUUCUACGAGUUUCGAUCGCGAUAUGCUGGUGCUGGACGCGGUCAGUCAGAACUAGUUACAUGUAGGUUGCCGUCGGGAGAUUUGACCGGAUGCGCUGGGAUAGAGGUUAGUCCAAUACCGGACAAAGGUCUGAAAGGCCUGAAUACAAAAAGUGGCCCGUUGAUGUCGAAUUUGGCGGUCGGUAGAGAUUUUCGAAGAAAGGGAAUUGCGGAAAAAUUAGUUACAGAAGUGGAACGCAUCGUUCGUUACGAAUGGGGUUACGAUGACUGCUACCUCUAUGUGGAGGAACGGAACAAGCCUGCAGUACGACUAUAUCAAAAGCUUGGAUACAAGAAGUUGUGGGUCGACAAAGAGGCAUCAACACUGCUUCCUUCAUCUAAUGGAAAGCUGACAAACUCUGCUACAAACAUUGUAUGCAUGAAAAAGCGGUUGGAUUUGGGAAUAAUUGGACGGCUAUUACCCUUCUAAGAACCAACUUAAUAAAAUGCCGUGGAAAAC